GGCCGGACCAGAACAUAAGAACAUUUCAGGGGAGAAAGAAAACGCAGAAUUAGAAAAUGUCGAUUUGGUUGGGAGUGAAGUUGCCGUUUGGAUGGAGUUCCAGCUGCCCAAAUGCACAUAGCCACACCCAAAGGAAGCGUAUGCCUGGCCGUCUGCAGCUCACUUCUUCUUCUUCUUCUUCUGGCGACGCUAGUAUUAGUAAUUACAAAACUCUGAACAAUGGAAAAAAUAAUGGUGCGGUGGUCUCAGGAACGACGGCAAGGGGACGGAGAUUACUCAAAAUUCGGGAAGAAAAGAGGAGGCGAGAAUUCGAUCGCCUUCACAACUAUCCUUCCUGGGCCAAAGUGCUUGAAGAUGCUUGCAAAAACGACGAGGAGCUCCGAGCUGUUCUUGGAGAUAGCAUUGGCAACCCCGAACUCAUGAGGAAAAGACAGAUUGAAGAUAGAGUACGGAAGAAAGGUCGCAACUUUUACAAAUCAAAAACGGGUUCUGUUCUUGCUUUCAAAGUCAGCUUUAGAGACUUCAAUCCUGUGGAUUCCUAUAUAUGGUUUGAGUUAUAUGGAUCUCCAUCUGAUCGGGAUGUUGAUCUUAUUGGCAGUGCCAUCCAGUCAUGGUAUGUUAUGGGGCGCUUGGGUGCCUUCAAUUCUUCAAAUUUGCAGUUGGCUAAUCAAUCAAUGGAGUACAAUCCCCUCUAUGAUGUAGAUAAGGGCUUCAAGGUGAUGCCAUCAUCAUUCCAUGAUAUCAGUGACGUUGAGUUUCAAGAUAACUGGGGUCGUUUUUGGGUGGAUCUUGGCACAUCAGAUUUUUUUGCCAUAGAUGUGCUUCUCAAUUGCUUAACUGUAUUAAGUUCCGAAUAUUUAGCUAUUCAGCAGGUUGUUUUUGGGGGCCGCAAAAUAGGUGAUUGGGAAGAGGGGAUGACAAACCCUGAUUAUGGUUACAAGUACUUCAAGAUUUAAGUAAAUUUAAAGCUGUUGAUUGUGACAUUUAUUAGGUCCCUGUCAAAGCCAAGAUGGUAUUCUACUUAUGGUGAGAAUGAACCAAAGAGAUUUUUUCUUAAUUAUAAUUUUUCAUUCAUAA